CAACAAUCGGAAUGAGCCACUUAGGAAAAUUAAAACCCUCGCAUCUGUACAUCUACGAUCGCCUCGGGCAAGAGAAAAAGGAAUCAGGCGAAAGCAAAGCUGAUGGCUACAUGGACGACCAGCACACUUCGGUUGAAUUACAGCAGGAUUAUAAAAUACAGCUUAAAGAUGACGGGCUUGGAAAAUACAAGAUAAGUCCGUUGGGUUAUCUCAGCGAUCCUAAAGAUCUAGAGACUGCCAGAGGAGGAGUUCGCACCACAAAUGGGGAAAAGAAGUCCACAAACAGUGUCACAAAGAAAAAGUCUGAAGUUGAGGAAUCGCUGAAAAGAAUCCAGAGCCACAAAGGCGUUCUUGGAAUUAUUGUCGUCAAUAGUGAAGGAAUUCCUAUAAGAACGACCAUGGAUAACUCAACAACUGUACAAUAUGCUGGGUUAUUUCACCAAUUGACCAGUAAGGCAAGGAAUACAGUUCGAGAUAUCGAUCCACAGAAUGACUUAAUGUUUCUGAGAGUCCGUUCGAAGAAGCAUGAAAUUCUGGUUGCUCCUGAUAAAGAAUACCUGAUGAUAGUUAUUCAAGAUCCUAGUAAAAUACAGUGAGAGGAGCACCAUACUAUCACUUAAAGCCCCUUCAAAUGUAAAUACACUGCCACUUAUCAAUUUGUUUUUGGGAUUUUGAUUUCACUGUCUAGUUAACCAAGACAGGUCUCUAGACUGAUGAGCUCUGUAAUACAGUAUUAUCUUGUGCUUGGAUUAAAAGGCAAAAAAGAGUAAACCGAAGUUCACUUAACUUUUACUAGUAUUAUAUUGGAUUUACUUUCAUUAUGGUUGUAAAUUACAAUAAAAUUACAUGUUUAGA